AUGUUUUCACAGCCGGUAUCACCAACGCCGCCUGGCUUAGCGACGUCGACGGUUUCGCCCUCGCCUUCUAGAACCAGCCGUCUGCGCGGCCUGAGCAUCCUGCGCAACUACACACACAACCACCUCUUGUCGCGUGACAACAGCCACCACGCCGUAAAUAACAGCAGCAGCAGCGGUGGGAGCUCGCCCGCGACAAGUCAGUCUGGCAACGGCCUGACACGCUCUGUGAGCUACUCUCCAGGCGCCACGACCACGACAACCACAACCACAACCACGACCACUACAAACGCCGGUCCCAACCGCUUAACUCUGGUGGCUACAUCCCCAGACUCUGCCAGGGCAUCGCAGACAAGAGGAGCAAACUCGUCAUCGGCUCCCUCCAGCCCCUCUGCCGCUCAGGGGAACACCUCUUCAUCCUCCUCCUCCGCCUCCUCAUCUCCCGCAGAGACGCCCUCGACUUCGGCCGACGAGCACGCAGCCAUGGCGAAAUCCAGCGAGGCUGGCUCCGGUUCUGCUGACACCCAGCCUUCUAUUCGCUUCUCCGCAUACUACGACCCUCGCUCUACCAGACCGUCGCUGUCAUUCCCGCCCAUCUCCAGAACCCUCUCAAACGGCACCGAAAUCAUCCGCGUUGGACGGUACUCUGAACGUGAUAACCAUGCCUUGGCCAGCGUGUCCGGCCACCAAGCCUCUGCGGCGCCGGUAGGCUUCAAGAGCAAGGUGGUCAGUCGACGACACUGCGAGUUCUGGUACGAGAAUGGGAAGUGGUACAUCAAGGACGUCAAGAGUUCUUCUGGCACCUUUCUCAACCAUAUCAGACUUAGCCCGCCCUCUCAGGAGAGCAAGGCAUUCCCCGUUAAUGACGGAGAUAUCGUCCAGCUGGGCAUUGACUUUAAGGGUGGCGAAGAGAUGAUUUUCCGCUGUGUCAAGAUGAGGCUGGAGCUGAAUCGGGGAUGGCAGAACAAGCCGAAUACGUUCAACAUGGCCGCCCACAAGAGGCUACGCACCAUGGCAUCAAGUGGAGGGGCUUCCGCGUCAGGCUCAAGCUCCUCUCAGGACUGCUCCAUAUGCCUGAAUUCGAUUGCGCCCUGCCAAUCUCUAUUCGUCGCUCCCUGCUCUCACACAUGGCACUUCAAGUGCGUACGUGCCCUACUCACCUCACCGCAAUAUCCCAUCUUCAUCUGUCCCAACUGCCGCGCGGGCGCCGACCUGGAGGCCGAUGUCGAGGAGCCUACAGAAGAUUGGCAGAACAUGGAAGACUUUGAGGAUCCCGAGCAGCCGGUGCCCGCUACGGUCAUUCAUGCACCUGUUCCUGAAACUGAAGAAGAAGAAGAAGCCGGAUCCGCUUUCCCCUCACGACCAGACGAGCCGGUAGAGGCGACGGUGCAAGAGACAGAUGCCAUGGACGUGACUGUCAACAUUACUUCGGCCCCCAGUCCCACUGGCAGCCCGACGGCGCUUCAUGCCACCUCCGAGCCGUUACCCAUUAGGGGCGCUGGACGUGCUAGUCAUUUGCGAGAUAGCGGAACCCCGUCGCCACCAGGCGGCGGGGCUGAGGGAAUCAUCACACCGAGAAACAACGCUGGGCCAUGGGUUUUUGACGGCAGAGCUGGCCGACAGCCGGCCGGCGCCACGGCCGAGAUGACCAGCCUUGACUCGGCAGCAGAGGCUGACAUCACCACACAUGAGUCUAGCGACGAUGCUGCCAGCCGAUAG